GAGAUCCGACGACUCGAAAUAGAGUACAACCGCCCCCUUUGCACUCCGACCGAGAAAACUCCUUGGAGCGUCGUGGCGGAAUACUAUCGACUGUUUCGACACGGCUCCCAGGUGCCGAUUUCAAGAGAACACACGUUUCACCCGAGAGAGGCUCAGAUUCAGAAAACUUUUCUACACCAGGCUAUGGCGACGAACAUUUGUGUUAACAGCGGCUUCGGUAUCGACGCUCUUCUGAAAGAGUGGGCAUUUGUCCCGCAAAAGACUGGAAGCCUGGCAGUGUAG